AAACUAGUAGUUCAUAAAGUGACAUAUAUUUUGUACCUAUAACUUGAUUGGAAAAAGAACACCUAUUAUGGAAGGUGUGCUGAGCAGAGAUGUCAACGAAUUAUGGUUGCUCAUAUGUUAAUGUCACAUUAUUUCUGGGGUGAUUGAUAACAACAUUUAAGACUUCGUUCACAAUGGGGUAAAGGGUCAGUUUCCCAUUUGACUGCAACUAUAUAACACUCGUAACAAUUUCACAAAGUUCAUAAAACUUUACUAUAAACAGUAGUGGAGAGAGGGAGAAAAACCAAAGAAGAUUGACCAUGGCUUCUUCAUUGAGGAUCUCAAGGCUCCUCUCUCGUUCUUUUCUUUCUGCUUCCACUACUACUCCUUUGUUUUCUAGAGGCGGAAGUGGUGCUCUUGGUGCAGGGCUCAGUAAAUUCAGCACUGCUGCUGCCAUUGAAGAACCAAUUAAACCACCAAUUAAAGUAGAACACACCCAGCUCUUAAUUGAUGGAAAAUUUGUUGAUGCUGCUACUGGCAAAACUUUUCCAACGUUGGACCCCAGGACAGGAGAUGUGAUUUCUCAUGUUGCUGAGGGUGACCAUGAAGAUGUUGAUCGAGCAGUUGCAGCUGCUCGCAAAGCCUUCGACCGCGGACCUUGGCCAAAGAUGACAGCCUAUGAAAGACAAAGGAUAUUGCUGCGUGCUGCUGAUCUGUUUGAAAAGCACAAUGAUGACCUUGCUGCACUCGAGACUUGGGAUAAUGGGAAGCCAUAUGAACAGUCUGCUCAAAUCGAAAUUCCAAUGCUGGUUCGCCUAUUUCGAUACUAUGCUGGUUGGGCAGAUAAGAUUCAUGGUCUCACAGUUCCAGCUGAUGGGCCAUAUCAUGUGCAAACAUUGCAUGAACCCAUUGGUGUUGCCGGUCAGAUCAUUCCGUGGAACUUCCCUCUUGUCAUGUUUGCCUGGAAGGUUGGGCCAGCAUUGGCCUGUGGUAACACCAUUGUUCUCAAAACAGCUGAGCAGACUCCAUUAUCUGCUUUGUAUGCAUCAAAGUUGCUUCAUGAGGCUGGACUGCCUCCUGGUGUUCUGAAUAUAAUAUCUGGCUUUGGUCCAACUGCCGGUGCUGCUAUUGCUAGUCACAUGGACAUAGAUAAGCUUGCUUUCACUGGUUCAACCGAAACUGGAAAAAUUGUCCUUGAACUGGCGGCUAGAAGUAACCUUAAGCCUGUAACUUUGGAGCUUGGUGGGAAAUCCCCAUUCAUUGUAUGCGAAGAUGCUGAUGUAGAUGAGGCUGUUGAGCUAGCACACUUUGCAUUAUUCUUUAAUCAGGGACAAUGCUGCUGUGCCGGGUCUAGAACAUUUGUACACGAACGUGUGUACGAUGAAUUUAUUGAGAAAGCAAAGGCACGCGCUUUGAAGCGUGCUGUUGGUGAUCCAUUCAAGGGGGGAAUAGAGCAAGGUCCUCAGAUUGAUUCAGAACAAUUUCAGAAAAUACUGAAGUAUAUUAGAUCCGGUGUUGAAAGUGGAGCUACUCUUGAAACCGGAGGAGAUAGAUUUGGCAACUCGGGCUUCUAUAUUCAGCCUACUGUCUUCUCAAAUGUUAAGGAUGACAUGCUGAUUGCGAAGGAAGAGAUCUUUGGCCCAGUGCAAAGCAUAUUAAAAUUCAAGGACCUUGAUGAUGUGAUUCAAAGAGCAAAUAACACACACUAUGGCCUUGCAGCAGGGGUGUUCACAAAAAACAUUAACACAGCUAAUACUUUGACUAGAGCAUUGAGAGCUGGAACAGUGUGGGUGAACUGCUUUGAUACAUUUGAUGCAGCAAUUCCCUUUGGAGGGUACAAAAUGAGUGGUCAAGGAAGAGAAAAAGGAGAAUACAGUCUCAAGAAUUACUUGCAAGUGAAGGCUGUUGUUACAUCCUUGAAGAACCCAGCUUGGCUUUGAACAUCAUUAGCUUUAGAUUUAUUUGAUGAAAAGAUUAAUAAAUAGGCUCCAAUAAUAAAGAUCAUUAAAUUGGGUUUAUUCCAUUCAUAGUUUCUGAUAAUGAUGAAAAUAAUCUAGUUUCUUUUUCUGUUUUCCCCCCUGCAUUUUAUGGGUAGAGCGAAAUAUACUAUGGAGUCUAUGGUAUAAAAUUCAACGUAGAGGUGAAUUUCUGGUUGGGACUGGAAUCAAAUUUGUAUAAUGAUGGAUGUAAAUUUCAUAUUACCUGUUCUCAAAGGACAUUGUUCGUUUUUAGUAAAUGGCAAUGUUAUGAUUUGAACUGUGAUUCAACUA